AUGACACCGGCCCAUGCUAUUGCUCCACUUCACUACACCAUGGCCGAGAGUGCCAUGCCAGCGCACGCUGUCACUCCACCGCCUGGCCCCAUGGUCGCAUGCGCCACUCCACCACAAGUCGAUGUCACCAAGACCAUGGACAUAGCCUUGCAAUUGCGUGGUCUAAUGGUUAGUUCCAAAAGCCACCAUCCUUACGGUCUCGUGGCCCAAUCUAAUGUUCACCACCACCACGAUGCCACGGUUUGUCGUGACACCAUUGCUCACUGUCGUCAUGGUGUCGUCACCGAUUACGACCCAAUCUUGGAGCAACUACAUCCAUUCUAUCCAUUGCCAUCGCGCUCAAUGAAUGCUUUCACUUGCACCUUCAACAAAACCCUAGCCCACGUGCAAUUGGGCUCCACACAAUUCUCUCAUCCAGAUCCAAGCAGUGAAGCAAACCUUAGUCUAAGAGUCAACUAG